AUGAAGUUUAUUCUGGUUUCUCUUGCCCUCGCGGUGACUGCAAUUGCCGGAGGUGGCGACGGCGGCGAUGGCGGAGAUGGCGGCAAAAUCUGCAAAAGCGGCCAAAGUGUUGUUUGUUCCAAGAACGGAAAUGGAGGCCUUUUGACCCUGGGUAAUAUCGCAACAGGUGCACUGGGAAGCAGUUGCUCAGGUGGCGAUGUUUACUGCUGCGACGACAAAUAUGUCCAGAGUGGCUUGGUGAACCUGGACGUGAAUGCUCAGUGCAGUCUCAAUCAUCUUCUCUGA